AUGGAUUGUCCCUGGGUUGUGACCAUUCUCUGGUUGAUCUAUGCACCUUUGGUUUAUGGUGGCAAAGUGCUUGUUGUUCCAGUGGACGGGAGCCACUGGGUGAACAUGAAGGUCAUUGUAGAGGAACUAUACUCAAGGGGGCACCAGGUUUCUGUUCUGCGAUCAUUCGACAGCUGGUAUAUCAAGGAAAAAUCCCAAUUCUAUACUUCAGUCACAAUUGAUGCUGAGUCCGGAUUUGAUGAAGAUUUUUUAACAAAGUUUGUGGCCCAACUCCUGAAUAUCCAGAGGGAAGGGAAGUCUGCCUGGACACGUUUUAAACUGGAAAUGGAACUAAUCCAAAAAGGUUCUGAGAUGAAUCAGAAAAUGUGCAAAAUGCUUGAGCUGCUUUUUGAAAACAAAGAUCUAAUGCAGUCACUGCAGGAUGCCAAAUAUGACCUUGUCCUUGCAGACCCUGUUAGCCCAUUGGGUGUUAUACUUGCUCACUACCUCAGGUUGCCAAUUGUUUUUAAUGUCAGAUGGACCGGUCAAGGUGAAGGCCAUUUUUCAAUUGCACCUUCUCCUCUGUCUUAUAUUCCAAUGACAGGGUCCGAGCUAUCAGAUAAAAUGAGCUUUCCUGAGAGAGUUCUUAACGUCAUGAUUUUUGGAUUCGCACAAUUCCAAAUAGCCCAUAUUGUGUCACCAAUUUAUGAUCCUUUCAUUAAAAAAUAUGUAGGUCCGGAUGCAGAUUUUAUUUCACUGUUUCAAGCAGCCGACCUGUGGCUGAUGAGAGUGGACUUUGUGUUUGAGUUCCCUCGACCCACCAUGCCUAAUGUUGUCUACAUGGGAGGGUUCCAGUGUAAACCUGCAAAACCUUUGCCUCAACACCUAGAGGAUUUUGUCCAGAGCUCUGGAGAACAUGGAGUCAUCAUCAUGUCUCUGGGGACUUUUAUUAGCACACUUCCGCAGGACUUAGCUGAUGAGAUCGCUACAGCUUUUGCUAAAUUACCUCAGAAGGUCAUCUGGAGGUACAAAGGUGACAGACCGGCCACUCUUGGCAACAACACUUUACUGGUCGACUGGAUGCCACAGAAUGACCUCCUGGGACAUCCAAAGAUUAAACUAUUUGUGGCUCAUGGGGGAACAAACGGAGUUCAAGAAGCUAUUUACCAUGGAGUUCCUAUACUAGGACUUCCACUGAUUUUUGACCAACGUGAUAAUCUAUUCAGAAUUGAAGUCAGAGGAGCAGGAAAGAUAAUUGAUUUUUUUACUAUGAAUGAAGACAUCUUCUUUCAGGGAAUUCAGGAAGUCUUGACUGAGCCCACUUAUGGGCUGAAUAUGCAGAGACUCUCCAGGCUGCACCGAGAUCAGCCAAUGAAACCACUGGACACUGCCCUCUUCUGGAUAGAGUUUGUCAUGAGACACAAAGGUGCAGCUCACCUGAGAACGGAGUCCUACAGACUGCCCUGGUACUCCUACCACUCUGUAGAUGUCAUAUUGUUCUUGAUAACAGUUGCACUAGUUAUUUUGUUAUUAUUUGCUGGGUUGUUGUGGUCAUGCUUAAGAUUGUGUAUCAAAAUCAAACUAAAAUCUGACUAA